UUUAGUGUACGCAAUAAAACUAAUAUAUCAGAAUUCAAUGGCAGGAGGAUGGUUACCAUGGUAACAUCUGCUGGGAUGAUGUUUGUAAACAAAAGUUUGUGUUGAUGUCCCGUGUGUUGGUGAGAGUGUGUGGUCAAACCCCGUGUAAAGUGAAGGAGGACAAGACAACGAUAACACAACUAGGAAGGCAACUAGUUCUUGAAUACGUAAAUGUCAAAUAAGAGUUAUUGGUAAAGGUGGAACAGAUGGCUAACCUAACAAACUUUGAUAUCUGGUACCAAUGAAAGCAACUUUCUUAAAGUGGCAGGGUGGAAUUUUACAUAUCAGUUGUUGCACUGAAACAAACAAAGAGCAGAUGACAAGACUGAAUAUUUACAGUAAAUAAUUAAUUUCUUUGCAGACAAAGAACAGUGUCAUAUGAUCAGUUUUUCACCUUGUUUUACUCAUCAAUUUCCCUCAUCUUUCAUGCCUUAAUUGUAGAUAGAGGAAAACUAGAAAAAAAAUUCUACUAAUUAAAAUAAAAUGUUGCAUCAUUUUUAUUACUUACUAUCAUCCUAGAGGAGGCACACACCAUGUAAAUGGUGUCAUCUCUGGUCACCCUGCAAAAUAUGGUGAGUUUAGUACACGAGGUAGCUGCUGAGAAUAGUGGGAGGCCAGAGUCACUACCAAGAUCAGAGAAGUUACCAAGGACUAUUUCCAGCUUGAAAGUCAUAUACACUAAUACUGACAGUUUCCCUGAUAAGAGAACAGGAGAAUUGACCCGGAGGAAUGUGAGUUCAAUAUACUGUGAUGAAUAUGACUCAUUUACAAACCUUUCUCUGGCAAGUAAAAGUAAAGAACAUUAUGGAAAAAAAAUUAAUUAAAUCAAACAGCUCCUUCUGGUGUUAGCUGUCUGCUCCACUAUUAGCAAAAUGCAUAUGAUAAUUGGGUUAGAUUAGAUUAUGAAGUUGAAUAUGUAGCAGAGAACGAGAUGAAACACCUUGCUGAAUUACUGCCUGUGUCAACUGUUUCUUAAUAACUGCCAUUCCUGGCAAUGAACCAUACAUCAUGUCAAGAAUUCAGGGGAAUGCAAGGCGCCUUGUAUCAAACACUGUUGAAACCUUAACAGGGAAAUUUUUUCCUGGUGUUUCAUUCAGUCAACUUGGUGACAGUUCAUUUGGAAAUGAGGUAGUUUCAAGUCUCCCUCUCCAGAUGGUUAUAUAUUUUUCAGCACUCUUCUUUCCAUGUUGGUUUAUAACUUCACUGGUCAUGAUGAUCUUAAAGUUUCAGCACAUGUCAAAUGUUUACCAGUUUGUUCUGGUUGCUAUUUAUGUUGCUGUACCCCUAAUUGAAGUGAUCCGGCUCUACAUAGGACAUGUUGGGAAUCUUGAAGAAAAGGUCCCAGAGUUGGCUGGCAGCUGGUUAUUAAGUCUUCUCCUACAGUUACCACUACUUCUUUUCUUAGUCUUAGUGCCUGGCACUUGGCCAUUACCAAUGGAUUAUGCUAUCAAUUGUAUUUUUCUAUUUUUUGUAAUUUUACAUCUAAUUUUUGGCUACCGUGCAAUCAAAAUUACAGCUGCUCAUCAAGCACGAUUAUAUCACAUGUAUUUAGUAAUGAGACAGAUGCAAGAUGAAGAAUGACUUUUCCUGGAAGUAAAAUCGGUAAUCAAUACUGUAAACUGUACGUAUAACUUUGUUAAACUUUUCUUCUCAAUUUAUUUUGCAUUUGCUAUUGUUUCUCAGGCUGUAAAGGGUUAGUGACUGUAUUAGCCAUUAUCCUUUUCUGGUGAAUCAUUACAAAAUUAUUUCAAACACAGUACCCUGUACAGUUACUUGCUUAAUUUAUCCCAUACCUGAAGUCCCUUCAUACCAUACAAUCUCUCCUCAUAUCCCCAAAUUCUCUUGUAAAAAUAUAAAUUAGUCAAAACAUUGCUAAAAAAUUCUACAUGCUGAUUUGACAUCUGAUAGCUUUACAUUAUUAAAAUACAAAUGAAAACUUGAGUGAUCUUCAAUAAAUUUUCAUUUUUUACAUAGUUAAAAUGAGAAUUGACAAACAAAAAUUAUGUUUCGAAAUAUGAUGAGCAGGACAGAAGGAUAUAUACCCUGUACUGUACUAAGUCCAGGAACCAAGCAAAGUCAGAGGGUAGAAGGGCUGAAAAAGAGUUUCAGAGACAGAUUGCAAGUGAGGUCAAGUCAAACCCAAAGGCUUUCUACCAUUAUGAAAAGUGGAAAUUAAAGACACAUGGGUGUGUUAGAUCGGAGGCUUGAAUUUUUUUUUUUUUUUUUUUUUUAUGGGGAUUAGCCCACCCGAGUGUGUAAAUAGAUUAUUAAGUCCCAAUGUCUUACUAACUGAAACCCUGACUGGUUGUUUUUAUAUCUACAGUAAACCCUCGAUAACUCAUCACAUAGUAUAGGGCUCUGGCCUUGCCAAGAUCCCAAAUUCUGACUUAUUGAGGCACUUCUCCCGCUACAAAAGUACAAUAAAAAAUUAUCGACCCAUAUAUGUGUACAUGUAAUAACUAAAUGUAAAAAAGUAACACUUAGCAGCAAACAGGUGAAGAAUGAUGCA